UUCUUCUUCUUCCUUCCGUUCUAAUGGCGAUUCCAAUGGCGAUUCUCACUUGUCAAUGCAACUUCGUCACUUCCACGCCGUUCUUCGUACCAUAGCUCUCUUUCUCUCUUUUUGAAAUUUCCUUUUGUUUCUUUCCAUGGACGCUCGAAUGACUUUCUCCGAUUCUAACGAUAUAAGUGGAAGCAGUAGUAUAUGCGAUAUAGUCAAUACGGAAUCACCAGGUAUAGAAUCCCUAAGAAAACUAUCAGAAAAUCUCGAGUCAAUCUUCAAUUCAUCUAUUGUUCUUAACUCAUCCUUUUCCGAUGCUACGAUCAUCGUCGAAGGAGACAGAGAAAUCCCCGUCCAUCGGUGUAUAUUAUCCGCGAGAAGUCCUUAUUUCAAAAACGCGUUCUCUGGUAAAGAAAGAGGAGUUAAACUGGAAUUUGAAGGAUUGCUUAAGGAUAUUAAUUUGAGCUUCGAUGUUUUAGCUAUUAUUUUAGCUUAUUUGUAUACUGGAAAGGUGAAACCGCUUCCGGAUGGUGUCUGUGUUUGCGCUGAUGAAGAUUGCUCGCAUGUUACUUGUAGACCGGCUGUGGAUUUCUUCGUUGGAUUGUUAUAUGCUUCGUUUACCUUUCAGAUAUCUGAACUCGUUUCUCUUUAUCAGAGACGCUUACUAGACAUUCUUGACAAGGUUGUAGCUGAUGAUCUCUUGCCAAUUUUAAGCGCAUCAGAUGUUUGUGGAAAUGCCUGUGAGAAAUUAUUCAUCGCCUGUAUUCACUGCAUUGUCAAAUCCGAUAUCGAUGUUGUCACUCUUGAAAGAACCUUAUCGGAGAAUAUCGUGAAACAAAUCAUGGACUUACGAUUAGAGCUUGGCUUAGACGAACCUGCGCUUGUCAAUUUCCCUGACAAACAUGUAAAACGUAUCCACAGAGCUUUGGAAUCGGAUGAUGUUGAGUUACUAGGAAUGCUUCUUAACGAAGCGCAUACUACUCUAGACGACGCCUGUGCUCUCCAUUACGCAGUUGCCUUCUGCAAUUCCAAAACUACUAUGGAUCUUCUUAAUCUCACUUUAGCUGAUAUCAACAGGAGGAAUUCAAGAGGAUAUACUGUUCUACAUAUUGCUUCAAUGAGGAAAGAACCUAAAAUCAUUGUAUCUCUUCUCACAAAGGGAGCUCAACCGUCUGAUCUUACGCCAGAUGGGAGAAACGCUCUUCAAAUUUCGAAAAGACUUACCAAGGCUUUAGAUUAUUACAAACCUAAAGAAGAAGGGAAAAUAUCUCCAACGGAUGGUCUAUGUAUAGAGAUAUUGGAACAAGCUGAAGGGAGGGCGCCUGCGUUAAUGCUAGGAGAAGCAUCUGUUUCUCUUGCGUUAGCAGGCGAUGAUGUUAGAACGCAGCUGUUAUACUUUGAGAACAGAGUUACCUUAGCGAGGCUUCUAUUUCCUAUGGAAGCAAAGGUGGCCAUGGAGAUAGCUCAAGUGAAUGGGACUUUAGAGUUCUUGUUGACAGCCACAGGGGUGCAGAAAACCGUGGACUUGAAUGAUGCACCAUUCAAGAUCAAAGAAGAACAUCUCAACAGGCUUAGAGCAUUAUCCAAAACUGUGGAAUUGGGUAAACGGUUCUUUCCGAGGUGUUCGAGAGAGAUAGAUAAGAUAAUGGAUGCAGAAGAUUUAUCGGAGCUGGCUCGGUUGGAGAACGAGACAGAGGAGGAUAGGCAAGUAAAGAAGAGGAGAUUCAUGGAGCUGCAGGAGAUAGUGGGGAAGGCAUUUGUGGAAGAUAAAGAGGAAUAUGAUAGAAAUCAGAAUAUAUGUUCUUCAUCAACAAAUACAACAUCCAACAAGUUGGGAAAGAAUCGUAGAAGAUUUACUGCAUUCAGAUUAUAAUGAUUGUCCAUUUGGCCACGGUUGCUGCCAAUCCCAUAAGUAUUAACUGGUCUGUUUUGUGAUAUUUUGUUUCAUGUUUGUUAAUUGGGAGUUUUUAGUUGAAUUUUUAGUAUUUAAAUUUUAUAAAAAGAAAAUAAUGGUAUUUUAGUAGAUUAA